GACAAGUGAACUUCCCAGGCGUGAGUGUUUGUGGAUGGACUGUGGUGUUGUUGGUAGGUGUACCAGAAUUUCCUGAAAGCCCCGCCAAUUUUCUGCUUCUACCAAAAUCACUCCCAUCUUGUCUCAUGCCUCCUCCAAAUUUCUUCACCUACCAAGUUUUCAAAUAAAACACACAUAAUUAACUCACAAAACCCCAUCCCCGACCCCGAUUCUCUUUCAUUCGAGCCCCCAGUUUUGAUUCGAAUCCGGUUCUCAGUCUUUCCCUUGUUUUUUUCACCCACAGCUGAGACUGAGAGACGCCCCCAACCCCCUCGUAUAAAUUUGCUUGCCUUCAGCUGGGUGGCAAGUUGCCUGGGAAAACCGUGGGUUUUGGGGGAUCGCUCAACUAUCGCUAGGAUGGAUUUGGAAUUCCUGCGGACAGUUGACCCUCAGAUCCUCGUGGGAGUUGCAGUGGCUGUUGUCGCCAUUGCCAUUGGUGCUAUCUUCCUCUUCUCUUCCAGGAAACCUAGAGGUGUCUUAGACCCUGAGAACUUCAGGGACUUUAAACUCGUCAAGCGCACGCAGCUUAGCCAUAAUGUGGCCAAGUUCACGUUUGCACUGCCUACUCCAACUUCAGUUUUGGGCUUGCCUAUUGGUCAGCAUAUUAGUUGCAGGGGCAAGGAUAGUCAGGGAGAGGAAGUUAUUAAACCCUAUACUCCAACUACGCUUGACUCUGAUGUUGGAUCUUUUGAGUUAGUUAUUAAGAUGUAUCCACAAGGAAGAAUGUCCCACCAUUUCAGAGAGAUGCGUGUAGGCGAAAGUCUCGCUGUGAAAGGACCCAAGAGGCGUUUUAGAUACCAACCUGGCCAAGUUAGAGCUUUUGGAAUGCUUGCUGGUGGCUCUGGCAUUACACCAAUGUUCCAAGUUGCCAGAGCCAUACUGGAAAACCCGAAAGACCAGACGAAGGUCCAUCUUAUUUAUGCCAACGUAACACAUGAUGACAUUUUGUUAAAGGAAGAAUUGGAAGGUCUUGCUUCUCGAUACCCUGACAGCUUCAAGAUCUACUAUGUCUUGAAUCAGCCCCCAGAGGUUUGGAAUGGUGGUGUUGGUUUUGUUUCAAAGGAAAUGAUUCAAACCCAUUUGCCAGCUCCAGCAGCUGAUAUCCAGAUUCUUAGGUGUGGACCACCACCGAUGAACAAGGCCAUGGCAGCACACCUUGAAGCGAUUGGCUAUACCCCCGAGAUGCAGUUUCAGUUCUGAUCUAAACAUGUUUAUUCGAGCUCGGGAGCAAUUUCAAUUGCGCACUUUGUUGUAGUUGGCUUUCACUUAGUCUGAAUGAUGGUGAUCAUGCCCUCCUCUUAUCUGAGAACAAAAUGAAAUGUGCCUGCUUGACUUUUCAUUGCUCGUUGUGGAUGUUGAAACUAACAAAGAGCUCCUUAAGUUUUGGCUGAAAUUAAUGCUUUUAGGUUACAGAAAUUAGCCUUUGCCACCUAAGAACUUGUUAUCUACAUAUUACUUUUACAACGAACGUCACGGCUUGUUGCCAAAAUUGACACAAAGCACGGCCAUGAUGAUGCUGCUCCGGUGGCAAGAUGGUCUCAUGUAGCACCAGUUUGAAGGAGUGCCGAAGCUAGAGGGUCAAGGAAGCCGUGGUUGGGGAAGAAUUUCAUACUCAGGUGAACAUUGAACAAAGUAGAUAGUGGAGACUGAAGACUAGCAGCAGUCAAGAAUGAGGGCAAAGCUGCCUUGGGAGAGACCCAGAAUUGGAUGAGUAUUUAGACUAUCUUAGAGUUGGCCUUCAAGUAUAGAAAUACGGAAGAAAAAGGAGUGCAGGGGGAUUAUAAAACUUUUGAUCACUUUACCUGGCUAAUGAAUUUUUGUAAGAGGU